AUGCGCUGGAAACAGUUCCUAGCUGAUAUUGCAGGACAGAACUGCUCUAACUGUGCACAGGAGGCCAAACGUGCUGAGAGAAAAGCUGCAGAAUUGGAAGGAGCCACCUUCAAGCCAGAUCUCAGCAGCACCAGGGGCUACAACGAGGUCGCCGUGGUCCAUCCGACGGUGAGCUUCCACCACCCAGGGCUGUACAUGGCGUCCCUGAGGGAGAGGCAGGCCCGGCGCCACGAGCAGGCCGCGCUGGCGCGCCAGGACCGCGAGCGGGAGGAGCUCUGGGAGUGCACCUUCCGGCCCCGGACGCGCUCCCUGCCCUCGUACAUCCUGAAGAGGGCCAGGUCGGUGGCCGCCAAGGAGGUCGACCUGAGCCACACAAGGGCGGCCCUUGAGGUCAAACCACAGUGGCUGUGA